AUGUCUCACAACGUUAGUCAGGUAAUCUUUUUCCGCGUCAAAUCUUCCGUCAAGCCCGAAGAUCCAUCCAGCGAGGAAGGCGAUGCUCUACUGAAGAUCUUCCGCGCGACCCAACAGCAAAGCGGCCAUGAGAACUCAUCCUGGGGACGCACUUCCGAAGAUGAAGACACUAUCGUCUGGGUUGUAGAAUGGACCGACGCCCGCAGCUCAGUAAACAUCCGAUUGCUCGACCCAUUCCUGGCCCUAGACAAUCUCCAGCCGCCGUCGUCACUUCGCGUCACGUUUAGCCCACCACUCUCCAGCACAGAAACCCUAACCAAAAACCCCGUGACUGAGCUGUGUACGCUGUUGUUCCCAAGCGACCUCGAAGUGCUAGCAGCAAGGAAGGUCAAUGCGGACUUGAUCAACUUCCGCACUGCGUUGGUUGAGCAACUGGCACAGUCAGCGGGGCCGCGGUCGUGGUCGAUGGGGCAUGUCGACCGGCCGAGUAAGCUGCCGCAUGAAAAGAGUCCGACUGGGGAAGCUUUCGCGCACCUCCUCGCUAUUGGUUGGGAUAGUAUAGAGACGCAUCUUAAGGUCAAGGCGACAGACAAGUUUGUUGAGAGUAUUGCACCUUUAAGGGAGAAGAUGCUGCCGCCUAUUCCUGGUUUGGAGAUGAAACAUGUUAGUUUUCAAAAGAUUUGA